AUGGGCAACGCAAAAUCAGUCGACAUCAAGGAGGAGCCAGUGAAACGAAAACCAAAAUUAAGCACGUCUGAGCGAAAAUCCUCUUCUGUUUCCCGUGAUAAGAAGCUUUCCAGGGCUUCUGUGUCAUCACAGGGCAAUCGUAAACCAAUUCUGACAAUCGGUCAGCGUGCAAUCAUCAAGUACUGUAUUGACAAUGCCAAAGAUGACAUUGCCGAUCGAAUUAUUCGCCGUGCCACCGAGAAAAGGGAGGACUUCAAAUUGUUCAUGGAUAAUCUCACACGGGCGCAACGCAAUGAAGUCUCUGAAGCUUUACGGGUAUUUCUGACGGGCGUUUGCGAUUCACUUACCGACGCCGAAGAAAUUCAACGA